AUGGCAGCCGCCCGACCAGAAGCUGGGAAGCGAGGUCGAGUCCUCAGCUUCCAUAGCAACAAAUCUGAAAAAACACACCGAUCCAGCGGUUCAGGCCACAAGAUCUCCCUGUCCGAAUCGCACGACGAGAAGGCCUCUCGACUUUUGCAUACAAAGGCCGAUCCCACCCUUGCCAUGCAAGAAGCUCAGCCAGCAAUGGUGGCUGCUCUCGAGAAAUCAAACCUGGCGUCCCUACGAGAGGUGCCGCACAAAGACCAGUAUGGAAACAUAAUUACGGAACCCGAUAUCUCGAAUCCCACCCGCUAUCGAUUCGAGCGCCCUCUCGAUACGAUCCGCUCUUUCGAGGCUGCAGUCGAAGGAAGCUGGAAUAGUCGGCGGAUGUCCACCGCGUCAAAUGCACGGACCGAGGAACCGUCACCAGGCGGUGUCAGCAGACGGGGAAGCUAUUUCGGACCCACUGGCGGCAAUGGCUCGAACAGAUACAGUGAAGGCGGCAACUACUGGAGCCGCGCGAGCAUGUCGCGGCCGGAUAGCGUUGUCGACAAUUAUGGCGGAGCAGGCCCCAAUCAGCCUUACAGCCCCCAUUAUCCUUAUAGUAACCACUACGGCGGCAGACCGCGUCAGAGAUACUCCGAGCGAAUGUAUUCCGACUACGGAAAUGGCGCUCCCAAUGUCUAUGCGCAGCAAGGAUAUCAGAGGUCGUACGACAACGUCACUGCAGGAUCAGGUUCGAACUCUGCAAGCGAUCAGUGGGGGAAUUCCACUGACCCUAGUUCAGUGAAUAGCUCCAUGGAUCGUUUGCAGCAGGCCCAGCAGACGAAGCCUGCCCCUGACAACUACGGUCUCAAUGGGUCCGGCCCGGGGCCACAGAAUUUUCGGAUGUCCUUGAAGGAGAAUCAGUCUGGACCAGUUCCACCUCCACACGGCGUUCCGUCAGGGUCUGGGGACCAGAAAGCUGCUACUGGGGCAGUGUCGACUGACCCGAACAACGGAGGUCCCGUCGGCGGCACCCCGGUGACUAGGGCUGCCAGCAAGCUACUGCGAAAGAACACUGACGCGAGCGACACGAAGCGGAAGAGCUGGUUCAAGAAACGAUUUAGCAAGUCAUGA